CACUUACUUUAGAUGUUUGGUCACAUUCCUAUAUCAGAAUAACUUGUCAUUGGAUUACAUGUGAUUUUAAAUUAAUUGAUGUUGUUCUUGACGUGAUGAACUUUUCAGAAGCUCAUGCAGCGACGGAACUUUCUGAAAAAUUCCAGAUUCCUUUAUCUAAAUUUGGAUUAGCUCAGGAAAAAAUUGUUAGCAUUACUAAUGACAAUGAUAAUGUGAAAACAGCUUUGUUACAAAUGCAAAUUGAAAUUAUUCCAUGUUUGGCAAAUACCUUAAAUAUUAGUGUUGAAUCGGGAUUGCUAUAUGCUAAUAACAUUUUAAACAAGUCAAAAAAGUUAAUUGAAAUUUUAGGCAAUGAAACGAAUCGCCAAAGAUUAAGAGACAUUCAACAGCAAAUUGAUCGAGGUAUUAAACAACCAUUGGAUGUAAUAGAAGUCAAGAAAGAUUGGAAUUCAAUUUAUCAUGCUAAUCGCCGUUUAAUAAUACUACAACCCUCAAUUCGAUAUUUAUUUAAUACUCUUAAUAACAAUAUAUUAGGUAUUAGUAGAGAAGAUGAAAAACUAAAAGAAAAUAUACUUUCUGAUGAUGAAUUUGAUAUAUGUAGAGAACUUGACAUUAUCUUAAAUCUAUUCUAUGAAUUAACUGAAAUGUUAAAAGGUUCAAAUUAUCCUGCAUUGAGUUUCGUGACCCCAGCAAUUGAAAAUCUUAAGCAACAUCUUUGUAUUUAUCAACCAAAAAAUGAUGUCAUUCGACAGAUACUAGACAAUCUUAAAAAGAAUUUUGGAGAACUUCGAUGCCAAAUUUUAAAAAAUCUUCGUGAACAAUUUACGAAACUUGCAGAACCAGUAGCUUCUGACACUAUAGAUAUGGAUUCGAAAAUGUUGACAUUUUUUCAUAUAUUUAUUCAAGAAACUGAACAAACUGAGUUUGAUAAAUAUCUUGAAUUACCUCAAUUACCUAAUGUAAUUUCAAAAGAUAUGAUUAAGGAAUUGGCUGGAUUAAAUAUAAAAAUUCCAUUAUUUAUUUUAAAUACAGCAGCAAACACACCUUAUAAUGAAAAAUCAGUAAAAAAACCUCCAAAUAGUUUUAUGAUAUUUCGAAGUCAAAUAUGCCAUAUAGUUAAGGAUAAGUACAGUCAUUUAAGUAAUCAUGAAGUUUCAAGAUUAAUUGGAUGUUUGUGGAGUAAAUUAAGUCCAGAACUCAGAGAAGAGUAUCAACAACAAGCUAAAAAAAUCAAAUUAGAUUACCAAAAACAGAAUAAGGGUAAAUAUAUAUAUAAGAAAAGAUCAUCCAAUGAAAAACCAAAAGAUGCUUCUAAGAAGAAAAGAUUGACUCAAGUUUCAAAUACUGAGGAAAUUUCAUCACCCAGCUUUACCGAAAAUAAUGGAAAAUUGUUAACAGACAAGCUAGAAAAAAUAUUAAAUUUUUCUUUAGAUAGGUUUAUAUCAAAAGAGUUAAGUGAAAGAAAUAUGCAAGAGUUAAGUGAAAUAAAUAAUGCCCAAAAAACUUAUUCGGAAAAGUCAAGCGAAAUAAAUAAUAUCCAAGAAACUUAUUCUGAAGAGAAUAAUGAAGAUGCAUUAUUUGAUUAUCAACAAGGAAUUGAGCAACUUUUCGAUUUUCUAUCAGAACAUAAUAUUUUUGGCUUAGACAUAUCAAAUCAAUAUCCAUUAACAGGCUUUGAUAGAUGGCAGUCAACAGAAAAAUUAGAAAAUCCUUCUGAACUAAUUUAUGAGGAACAGUCAACAGAAGAAUUAGAGAAUCCUUCUGAACUGAUCUAUGGUGGAAGGUCAACAGUAGAUCAUUCUGCGCUAGUGGGAAUGCAUUCUACAGAAAAUAUAGAAAGUCCCCUUAAUG